UAUAAAGGAAACGGCAUGUUAUGAAAAUCAUCAAUCUUUCCAUCAACCUUUAUAACCUUUUACAAGAUGAAAUUCACUUUGCUCCUUUUUGUCGUGGUGGCCACAAGUUCGGGCAUGCCAAGCCCCAACAAAAAUCUCCAACAUGAUCUUGAAGACAUUGUUGCAACCAUCCCAUCGUCUGAAAUUAGAGCUAUUUUUCAGAAGUACGCCGAAAACAAUGCUGAAUUCCAAGAAAUCGUUAAAUACUUAAGAGCACCCGAAUGGAGUAUUCUUGUCGAUAGCGUUGCUAAUAGCCCUAAAUGGCAAGCAUUCAAAAUUUACAUGGAUAGUGUCGGAGUUGAUAUUGACAUUAUUAUUCAAUACCUUCUUGAUCUUGUCGCUAGCGUUGAUGCUUCCAAAAACUUCAACAACGUUAAUAUGCGCAGUGUAAGAGAAUUUAUGGAUGAAGUUUUGCAAACUCUUGACCUACCAACUACUGUUGCCAUUUUAAAUGAGAAAUUAAUUACUAGUCCGGAUUUCAAAGACUUCUUAGAAAAAAUUGCUAGUGGAGAAACUCACGCUAUGGUCGAAGAAAUUCGUCUAAUGGAUGAAGUUCAACGCAUAGUCGGAAGUCUUCGCCAAAUAGGAAUUAACGUUGACAAGGUUAUCAACUUGACUUAUAGCCUGUUAGGGUGGACUAAGAAAACAUUGUCAAGAAGUUACCGAUCAGAAAUUCAAAGUAUGGUAACAUCAAAGCGCAGUAUUAAUUACAUAAAUUCAGAUAACGUUGCCGAAUUCUUAGAAAUUGUCAAGUUUUUGCAAGGAAACGAUUUUAAAAGUUUUCUUGAAAAGUCAGCAAUUUUGAAAAGUUGGGAGUUAUGUGUAAAUUUGUGGAUUAUUAGUUUCUGUGUUGGAAGUUAAACCUUCAAUGUUAAAUGUUUAAUUUUUAUUGAAAUUGAUUGUUUAAAUUAAAAUUAAUAUCGUUUAUAAAAGAAU